AUGAGUCAGCGCGACGCCCAUGUUCCCACAUUGCGCCAUAAAGUAGCAGCCGAGCGUCAACGGAUUGUGCUCGCGGGUCGUUACGCCUCCGCGCGCCCCGCCCCGUCGCAUCGCCGCGCCUCGCCGCGCCCCGAGCGAUCGCCCCCGUCGCGCUCAACCGCGCGCGUCGUCAUGACGGCCCGAUCGUUCCCGAUCGCUCAACGCGCGCGCCCCGAAACGCGCACGAUUGGGACAACGUUGCUCAUCGCCGCCGCGCUCGUCAGCCGCGCCUCGCGCGCGCGCGGUGCGGAUCUCGUCGAACCCAACGUCGCGCGAUCGGUCUCGAACGUGCUCACGGAGACGCUCGUGGUGGAGGAGUACACGUACGCGACGACGACGCCGUCUGUGUUUAGUUUCAAGACGCGUGGAUACUUUGGAGCGACGGCGGACGCGUCGACGGCGGCGGAUCAGACGCUGAGCGAUCUGAAGAUCGGACCGACGCUGAAGUUCGCGGCCGGGGAUCGAGUGAACAUCUUACUGGAUAAUAAACUCGAGCCUAACACCGACUCGGUGGUGAUGAAUACGUAUCACACGCCCGGGACGACGAAUUUGCAUAUGCACGGUUUGCACAUCAGCGCCUACGACCCGCACGACAACGUGUUGAUCAAGGUUGAACCGGGGAGCACGCGUCAGUACGCGUACGAUAUCAUCGCUGAUCACGCCGCGGGUACGCACUGGUAUCACGCGCACGCGCACGGAUCGACGGCGCUCCAAGUGGGCGGUGGACUCGUCGGGGUCAUCAUCGUGGAGGACGGCUCAGACGAAAUCCCCGCCGAGUAUCAAAACCUGGAUGAAAAGGUGAUGAUGAUCCAAUACAUGCAAUUUGAAGAUGUGAGACGAAUCGCAGCGACCAGUGGUAUGGGCGAAAGUCACACGAGCUCUUCGACGGCGUCUAUAGCGGACAUGUUCACGACAAACGGGCAGUACGCGCCAACGAUCAAGAUCGAUCAAAACGAGUGGACACGUCUUCGCAUGGUUUUCAUGGCUCUCGAUAAAGUCGUCGAGUUCACGCUUGGAAGCGCCGCGGCCGGCCUCGGUUGCGAAUGGACCCUUCUCGCCAAGGAUGGUAUAUAUGUUGACAACGCUCCACGCGCUUUAACAAACGUGUACAUGGCGCCUGGUAACCGCGCCGACGUGCUCAUUCGAUGUACAACCGUGGGUUCGUUUACCGUAGACAGCGUUGGUGGCGCUUCGGGCCGUGGCCCACCAUCGAAGAACAUCGCCACGACGGUUGGUGCCCUGAAUUUCCAAGUCGUCUCGAGUGCAAGUUCCGCGACGACGCUUACACCGUUCAAUGCAAAGUUGCCCAACUACCUCGCCUCCGUCACCGCUUACGCCGGUUCAGGUGCAGUUGAAUCACACACACUGCAAUUUUCGCCUGUAGCCGGAGGUGGAUGCAAUGUCAACUACGAUAACGCCGGCGCUGCGGCGUAUACCGCAGUGUCCCUCGGGAACAUCCCAGCGGGCUCCGUGCAAACGUGGUCGUUGUCAGGAUCGGAUAGACACCCGUUCCACAUUCACGUCAACCCGUUUCAACUCGGAAGCGUCACCGAUACCUCGGGACUGGCGAAUCCUUACUUUUUCAUGGGUGACUGGCACGAUGUGAUGUAUGUACCUUCUGGAUAUUCCAUUCCACAAGUGCACUUCCACACAGCAGACUUCACGGGCAAGGUUGUCGCACACUGUCAUUUCCUCAAUCAUGAAGAUCAGGGAUGUAUGGGAUUUUGGGAGAUCACGGGCGAUAAUGGGACGGUUGUGUCGGAUUUGGCCGCCAGAGCGAUGACGACGGUCGUUUCCCCGCCACCGUCACCAUCUUCAAGCGGUACCGUUCAUGUCGCGAGCGUCGCCAGAGCAUUCGCCCUCUGCGCAUUGGCCACUUUAUUUGCGUAUGCUUAG